AUGGACACCAUGGAAAUGGACCAUGGUAUAAACGUAGAAUCACUUGCAUCCUGGUUUGAUGUUCUCAAGUUGGAAUCUUUUCUUGGAUCUGGGUCAUUCGGUUACGUUUUUAAAGCGGUCCGUGGACAAGCUAACGUUACCGCCGUGAAGGUCAUAUUCAUCGAAGGCCUGGGUGACACGCCAGACGACGAAACUGAAAAAUAUCGACUGCUCCGAGAAUACAAACUAAUGAAGGGCAAGAAACACGACAAUUUAGUCCAAAUCUUGAAAGAAACUCACAAAGCCUUCACUGUAGAGGAUAUCAACGUCUUGCUGAAAAUACCGUGCCUUCAAAACAAUUACAAAAUUUUGGACCAAUUUCAAAUCUUCUAUCUUCGAGCUCAACGAGGAACCCACAUUCCGUCCUUAUGCAUCCAAAUGGAGCUCUGUGGUAAGACGUUGCGUCAGUGGUUGAACAUAAAUAAUGAGACGGACAACCCAGAACUGCACCCGGUUCGAAAUCGAAUUGUAAAGGACAUGUGUGAAGGGCUAAAAUAUCUCCACGGUCAUAACAUUAUACAUCGAGAUUUUCGUCCUGAAAACAUACUGUUUUCAUUAAGUCAAGAUGAAGAGUUCGUAUUUCCCGUUAAAGUGGGAGAUUUUGGUCUAUGUCGACAGAUCCAUAGUGAGGAAACUGCCACUAAAACACUAACUCCCGAAAUAGGAAAUAUCAUAUAUCGUGCACCUGAAGCUAAUUCUGCGAAUUACGGUAUCCCCGCAGAUUUGUACUCUUUUGGUUUAGUGUCUUGGGAAGUUGUACAGCAAAUCAAACGGAAAGAUACAAGAUCAAUGUUCUACAGCUUGGUGGUUCGAGACUGGGAAAAUACCAUUAUUUCCCUAACGAAAAGACACCCACAAGAUAGAAUUAAAGAAAUCGACAAAAUCAUGUUAAUUGACAGAUGUGAUGUGGAAGUAAGUGCUGAAUCAGUGGAAAACCUUCUCACGCUCUCGCAGGCCAAGUCGGAGCGGAAAUAUGUCGGUUCUAAAAUGGGUCCUGGUGGAAAGCUGGUCUCCAUCCUGAAGGUGACCAAGGACAAGAUCUCCAUUAACACAAACGCAACAAAAUCCAUCUUUGAGAAGAUUGGGGAAAAUUAUUUCGCAGUUUACUCGAUCAAUGGGCCCACACGUACAGGAAAAAGUUUCAUGCUUUCCAAUUUUAUUCGCUAUCUCAACCACGACGGCAGUCAGGGGAAUAACUGGAUUUUGAAUGCCAAAAAUAUGGCUAAUUUUGAAUGGAGGGGCGGAACUGACCGUAUAACGGUUGGAAUUGACCUUUGGUCGGAGCCGUUUUGGACGACGCAUAACGGGCGCCGAGUCGCCAUUGUCCUCAUGGACACGCAAGGCUCAUUCGACGACCACACCACGAUGCAGGAGAACGCCAUCAUUUUCGCCAUCGCGACCCUCCUCUCGUCCGUCCUCAUCUUCAACGUCAUCCGCGACGUAGGCGAAGACGUGCUAAAGUUUGUUCAAUUCUUUUCGAGCUUUGCUACCUUGACGGUCCCGGAAUUUGAGGGAAACGCGGCGAGUGGAGAGCUGGGAGACGGCGCCUACCAGAAACUUCUCUUCCUCGUCAGAGAUUUUCAAUUUCUCGAAUACUACCAGUUCGGAUUUUACGACGACAACCACGUACCUAACGAACAGCAGGGGAACUAUAAGAAGGACAAGUUGGACUCCAACCCUGAUCAGCCGACGGAAAUGAGAUUGACGCAUGACCAACUGCUCAAAAGCUACAAGGAUGUCGGCGUUUAUUUGAUGCCCGAACCUGACAAGGGAUUCAAACAACACGACAAACUGGACAAUCUCGAUCCUGAAUUUGCAUCUCAUGUCGGCGCCUUCGUCCCCUCAUGCUGUCCCCAGGUCAUCUCGUCACCAAAAAAAUUGGUGGCGUUGAGGUCACUGGGUCCGAAAUGA